CAUCCCCACACGACACCAGCCUCACAGGCGGCAGCAGUGUUAUAUAUGUGUGUGAGAGUGGAAAAGACAUCAACAAAAUGACCAUUAAAAACGCUCUCCGUGACCAUGGACAGAGGUACCGUCCACGGAUGGCUUGUCUCAAGAAGGCGGAGAAGGUGCUGUUGGAGAUGCAGGAUCCCAACACAGGAGUCAAAUCCCAGCCUCAGAGACUGGUCAUCACCACCAUACCGCACGCUCUCACCGGUAAAGAGGACACACUCGCACACACACACAAACGUGGCCGCGCGCGUACGUCCGCGCGCCUGUUGCUAUUCGCCAGCUGCUCCCCCGGUCGCGCCUCCAUACUCACUGGAGGAUACCAGAGUUGUGGGCUCAAUCCGGAGAGCUACAGAUUUCAUUUCCAUGACAACCCCCACAGUCUCAGUCUCAGGCACAGGGAAGAAGUAGGAGGUGAAGACAUAAUUACCUGGAUAUCAGACAGAUUUCAAAUAGAUACACAAGAGGCCAGAAGUUUUGGAUCUUUGCUCGUGGCUUUGGGAUACAUCUAUCCUCUACAAGACCACAAACGUUUAGUGAUCAAACCAGAUGCGUCCCUGUAUCGUUUCCAGACACCAUAUUUCUGGCCCGCUCAGCAGUGGGCUGUUGAGGAUACAGAUUAUGCAAUCUACUUGGCAAAAAAGAACAUACGUAAAAAAGGAGUCCUUGAGCUGCACGAGCAGGAGCAGUACAACUAUCUCCACAAGUGGAUGAAUCAUAAAUGGGACUUCAUAGUGAUGCAAGCUAAAGAGCAGUACAGAGCUGCAAAAGAGAGGAAGAAACCAGACCGUGUGGUGUUUGACUGUCAGGAGAGAGCCUACUGGGUUGUUCACAGACCUCCGCCAGGGACAGUGAGUGCGAUGGACUAUGGGCUGGAGCGCCGGAUAGAUCCAAAUGCAGACGAGGUAACAGCUACUCGCACACUGAGACCGACUGAAUUUUUCAUUCCAUCAUUACCUGACCUCAAAUUUCUGUGUUUCUUUUCCCAGAAAAAAACGCCAGAUGACUAUGAGAGAAUUAUGAUCUUCACACAGCAGUCCAUCAUGAGGCCCAGAGUGAAGUCAUCUGUGUCCAUUGGCGCAUUGGUGAAAUACUGCUCCACUUAUAAAGGCCACGACCCUUUUCUCUCAAAGUGUCUUCCAAGCAACCCCUGGCUCACUGAUGACAACACGUACUGGGCCCUGAAUAUGGCCAACGUGGAAAUACCCACAAAGAUGCGUGUGGAGAGAUGGACGUUCAGCUUCAGUGAGCUGCUCUCAGAUCCCCGAGGGCGAGACGACUUCAGACUCUUCCUGAAGAAAGAGUUCAGCGGUGAAAACUUGGCAUUCUGGGAGAGCUGUGAGGACCUGAAGUGGGGUACUGCUGCGACCAUGAAGGAGAAAGCGGAACAUAUCUACAAAACAUUCCUGGCCCGUGGUGCCCCACGAUGGAUCAACAUUGACGGAAAGACGAUGGAAAUCACAGUGAAGGGGUUAAAACACCCACACAGAUACGUUCUGGAUGCAGCCCAAACUCACAUAUACAUGCUCAUGAAGAAGGACUCCUUCGGCCGUUACUUGAAAUCUCAAGUGUUUAAGGAUACAACGAAGAAAGCCAUCUGUCCCGAUGAGCACAGAUUCAAUGAGUCCCAGUUGGAGCAGAAUGCGAGGAACAGACGGCCCAGUCUCAGCCCCAUCAUCAUUCGGCAGCAGGAGCAGGAGCAAAAGGCCAAGAUGGCCGCCAACGCCCCUGUUGACAUCACACAGGUCAUGAGCAAACUCAGCAAACAGGGCAAAGAGCUGUGCCGGUUCACCACCCCCGUCCCCCACCUUGCCGUCUACUCCGGCAUCACUGACCCCCCCUCUGCCAGUGCCUCGCCCUCUCUCCCUUUCCUCGCCCACAGCCCCGCCUGUCCCUCCCCCAUCAGCGUGGCCUUGGACAGCACCUCGGCCUCGGAGCGGCGGGCCGAGGCCUCCGAGGGGGAAGGCAAAGGGAGCGCCGAGGCCCGGGGCCACGCAGGAGGAAACAUGCCCAAGUCACGGAUGGCCCUGUCCCUGCGCCGCCUGCUGAUGCGCGGCUGCAGCCCCUCUGCCAUGUUUGCCAGCCUGUCGCCUAAAUGCCAUGCCACUGCUGGAGCGAGCAGCCGUGUUCAGCCAAUCACCCCCGACGAGCCCAGUCAAGCUCCACCCAGACGCAUCGGCAAUUUUUUUCAGAUUAAAGUAGAUAUUCCUCCUGAGUGUCGGAUCUACCCCAUUGAGUCCGAGGAUGAGGAAGAGGAGACGAGGCAUGUCUCUCGGGGAAGAACGGGAACUGAGGAGAUCAUCUGCCCCUGGGAAAGCCUCACUCAGCAGAACGGGACGGGCUAACGGGCUGGAUUUACACAGAUGUUACCACAAUGUGACACAAAGACCACCACAUGUAACAUAUAUGCCACACGAUGGAAGGGCUCAGACUUGGGCUCAAUAGAGGGAGAAAGCUGUUGUUACAGUCUACUAAGCAAGUUAUUGUUUUGAGUAUGAAAUAGUGGACUACUUGUUAGUUUGUGAGAUUCUUGAAUCAAAUCUGCUGAACAGUAAUCAUUCCCUUUGACUCUUAAAUUAUAUUUUUUUCUAAAUUUGACUCUCUAAGGAUGCGUUAAAGCCUUUUUCACAAAGCAUGAAACAUUAGAUUUCUUAAAAAAGAAUUAAAAACCAUGUAAACUUUAAUGUAAACUUUUGUUUACGCAAUUCCUUUACCAUCAGGAAAAUACUGAGCAGAUGAUACUAGGUAUCACAGUUUUUAAGCCAACAGGCAGAAAAGGUCUCCAAACUUU